AUGGGUCACCUGCAAUGGCAUGGGCAUUCUAAAACUACUCAUCAGUGUUCUUUUUAUAGUCCAAUCACUGUUAGUGCACAAGAUAAAACUAUAAGUAGUGUAUCUGAGCAUGGGGAAGAUACUGAAGGUGUUCAAUUGGUUCUCAGGCUCCACCAGAAGGUAAACGAAAUGGAAAAAGAAAGAAUCGAGUUGCAGAAACAAGUGGAAGAGAGCAGUACAAUCAGCUGCAACUUGAAGUUGACAGAUGGCGAGAGGAAUGCAUUCAGUUACACAGUUCUUCAAGAAAAACUAGAUUUAGCUAAAGAGGAACUUUCACAAUGCAAGAACAGCUUAAAAUUGCAAACUGAAGUGCUGAAGGAUGCAGGGUCAACUAUCUACACCAUCGAAAAAGUUACUAAGAAAGGCCAUGAUGAUAUUGAUAUAAUGGUUUUGUGGCUUUCAAAUACUGUGAGACUUCUGCAUAAUCUGAAACAGUAUAGUGGAGACAAAACAUUCCAAACUGAAAACACAUCACUACAGAAUGAACAGUGUCUACAGAAUUUUGAUCUCACUGAAUACAGAGAAGUUCUUUCAGAUACAGCUGUAGAAAUCUACCAGAGUCUUGCUGGGCACAUACAAGAAAAGAUACAGCCACUGGUGGUGCCAGCUACUCUUGAACAUGAAGAAAUAAGUGGCUUGACAAGUCAGAGAGUUAGUGGAAAGAGAGGAAGAGCUGUGUUGUCAUCAUGGGAUUCUGAGCCAUUUUUGGGUGUACGGAAGUCAUUGGAUGCACUCUUGCAGGAACUAAAUUAUAUCUAUAAAAUUAUGGGGAACCAUGGUGUUGACCCAGAACUUACUGUCCAGAUAUUUCGGCAGGUAUUCUACUUCAUCUGUGCCAUUUCAAUGAAUAACCUACUGCUCCGAAAGGAUUUGUGUCAUUGGAGUACAGGAAUGCAGAUAAGAUAUAAUCUAUCACAUCUUGAACAGUGGUGUCGUGACAUGAGACUACAGUAUACUGAUGUGCCAACCACAUUACAGCCCAUAAUUCAGGCUGCCCACUUGCUACAGGCUCGUAAGCUGGAUGAAGAUGUUCAGCAUGUAUGCAAUAUGUGUGAUAAACUUUCAAUGUUGCAGAUAAUCAAAAUACUCAAUCUGUAUACAACCAUUGAUGAAUCUGAAGAAUGUGUUCCUGUCAGCUUUAUUUGUAGAAUACAGGCCAAGCUCCUGGAAAGAAGUGAACCUCAGAAACAGGCCACAUUGCUGAUGGACACAAAAUUCAUGUUCCCAGUAAGAUUUCCUUUCAAUCCAUCAAAAAUCAAGCUUGAAGAUAUAGAAGUACCAGAGGUGUUGAACCUACCAAUGCUAAAGAAAGUUUAA